CGGGACAAUCGCAUAGAGAGCUGUAGUGGCGGUCAAAUCAAACGCAUUAGCAUUGCACUCGAGUUGACAUCCAUUUCCAAACCAUACCUACUGUUCAUCGAUGAGCCCACCACUGGUCUCGACACACAUGCGGCACAAGUCGUCAUCCAAUGUCUGAAACAACUGUCCCGUAAUCACGACAUCUCAGUCAUCGUUAGCAUCCAUCAGCCGAACAACGAUUUGUUUCAUAUGUUUGACAACAUCUAUGUGUUGGCCAAAGGAGGCCAUUGUCUUUACGAUGGAGUUCCCAAACAAUUGAGACAACAUCUCAUUGAUUGCGACAUAACUGUCGGCGAAAAUGAAGUGCCGAUUGAAGUGUUGAUUAAAUUAAGUUUCAAUAGACGAGAGGACAGGGAUGUGAAGGGAUUGUGCGAUAAGAAUAAGCAAAUGACAAUU